GUGGUCGCAAUGACGCAUUGAAGAUUCGAAUUCAAAAGUAAAUCCUUUCGAAUUUGAACGGAGGAAGUAUUUUUUCUCUCAAAUCGACGACGGUAAAUUCUGAUUCCUUACGGUUUUAUAAUUUAAUCGGAACACGUGCGUCCGGCGAAUUUAUGUCAGGUGAAAGCUCUCGAUCGUUUACCUCCAAUCAGUCCAAUCCACAAAGCUCUGGCGGAUUCUGCCCCAUAGUGUCGUCAUGGUCGUGGACGACUCUGAAACGACUGCAGUCCUCCGACUUGACCGCCGAGAAGUUUUGGAGCGCCGUGAGCGUAUGGAAUGCCAAACCACACUUGUUGAUCAAACACCUGAUGGGCGCUGAAUGGCUCUUGACUAAAUCGUUGACCGGCGAAUAUGGUGACGUGUUGGCCUCGGUGGCGGCUGCAGAUCUACCACCAUCAGCAUGGGCAGGUGAUCCUGAGGAAACCUUUGAGGGUCUGGGCCUGAAAGUCGGUGUGAAUAUCCAAGUGGAAAUCUGGAAGCUGUUCACCAAGAAGCCUGUUGACUGGAACGAUUACUUUCGACUGAGCGUCUUCGACCGGCUUAAGAAUAUUGCCUUGUUCUACGACUGUACGCCGAAGAAGAACGGUGAUGACGUCAAAUAUGCCUAUGAUAUUCAUUUUGUGGAAGACUGUUUGGAGUUACGUCUUGCCAGGCCAUCAAACCAAUCUCAAGACGACAAGAAGGCGUUGCACUGGAUGACCGAUGUAUUUUUUCCAAAAUUUUUUAAUUGGGCCAUCAAUGAAAAAGGGUCUAAACCUAUAAUUUCGUCUUUGUCACACGUUUGUGUUCAAAUGUAUUGCCAUUUGUACAGUCGGCUAAAGGAAAAAUAUGCCAAAUCGCUAAUGAAUGUUUGGACAGAAGUUACUGAUCCUAAGAAGUAUAUACAUAAAGAUAUUGCAACAGCCACAUACCUGAUGCUGUUGUGGGGCGACACCAAACCAAGUUUUGUGGAUAUGGGAUGUGGUAAUGGUUUACUUGUGCAUGUGUUGAACAGCGAAGGAUAUAGUGGAGUCGGAUUGGACGUUAGAUCUCGGAAGAUGUGGGCUCUAUAUCCUGAAUCUACAGUUUUGAAGGUGACUAGUGUUGAUCCUUCGUCAUCUGAUUGUAAAUUUCCGAAAGCUGAUUGGAUCAUAGGCAAUCAUUCAGACGAACUGUCACCUUGGGUACCUGUAAUUGCCUCACGUAGCAAUUAUAACUGCAAAUUUUUUCUCCUUCCUUGUUGUCCUUUUGAAUUCAAUGGUUCCCGUUACCAACGUACAGAUUCAUCUCUUAGUCAAUACCAUGAUUAUCUGAAAUACUUGGAAAAAACAAGUACUAACGUAUUCAAGUUCAACGUCAAAAUAGACCGUCUGCGGAUACCUUCAACAAAACGGACAUGCAUCAUUGGCUGGUCAAAAAAUUAUUUGCCACAGGAAGUUGAUCAAGUUGUGCAGGAUGUCGAAAAGUUUGCAAAUUCUAAAUUCAAUGAAAAUGUUCAAUUUGUGCCCAGGCCGUCGGAAGAGAGGGUUAGGAAUUGCACCAAAUUAGAUAAAGACUUGUUGCGCAGUGUGGUCGAUACCGUAGCUGAUGUAUUGAUAAAGAGUUCAGAUGGAUGGAAGUGUCGCGUCACUAUAAGUGAAUUAGCAAAACAAGUCGGCGAAGAGAGGCUGAAAAAGUUGAAGAAAGAAUGUGGUGGUUUACAAACAUUGUUAAGAAAUCACAGGUAUAUUUUUGUGGUUGAGAAAGGAACUGUUGGGUUCAGGAAACCAGUGAAAGACUGUGGAAAAGUUUGGAAGAAACAUAAGUGUUGGUUUUAUCAUAACUAUCCAGACAAGUGUCCGUUAAAUGAAGACGAGUGCUGUAAUAUACAUUAAUUACGAUAAAUAAUUGUUAUGAAGUAUUAAUAUUUUAUUAUUACGAGUUUUUGUAAGAGUCAAGUUUAAUAUUUGUACACAAAAUAAAUAUAUUUUUUUUAUGGAUGUAGGAACUUUAACCUCGUUUAUACUCGACUAUUUUGUUAUUCUCUCACAAUUUCUUAUUGAAUAAAAAGGAAUAACAUUGAUGAUGGAAACAUUCGACCCCCAAAUCACAUAAUUUAAAAAUAUAAAUAUAAUGUAAUUUAUAAAACAAAAUUAAUUUAGCAAUUACCAAUACACUUAUAUUCUUAUGUAUUACUUAUUUUAGAUGUGUUGUAUGUAAACACGGGAUUCUACUACAAAAUAAAUUUUUUAUAUUCAUAUAAUAUACCUUCACACAUAUAUUAUAUUUUAAUUAAGUAGGAAAUCUGAGGGAGUGAUUAUUAUAAAUGGUGCAUACAUUAUCUCUUAUACAUACAUGUUAAGUUUAGUAAAAAAUUUAAUGGAUACUGAAAUUAAAUAAAUUAUUUUUAUAUGUAUUUUAUGAAAUAAACAUCUGUUGAGCUGUGCAUAUUAUUGUGUAAUGUUUUAUUAACAGCUGUGUAAUAAUAAUUUACUGUCAAAUUAUAUUGUCUGCAUUGUGUAUUUUGUUACUCAUAGGUCAUAAUAAAAUUAAUGAUAUUUUAUUAAAAUUGUCAUAGAUAGCAAAAUAUUGACAGGAAAAUGAUUCUGAUGAUCAGUCAUUUACUGAUUGUCGAUUAUAAAAUGUAUGUUGAUUAAAUAAUAUAUUUUUAAGGUUAUAAUGAUACAAUUUUUAA